GUGACUACCGUCCACAUCCCCAUCCACUCAAAUCUACCAGCGCUUUCAUUGUGCAAUGUCUGGCGACCAUCCUGCGAGGACCUCACCUGUCAUCGUUAUAACAGGAACACCAGGAACGGGAAAGUCUACCCAUGCGCAGCUAUUAGCCCAGGAAUCUCCUGUUCCUCUCAGACAUAUCAACGUUGGAGACAUUGUCAAAGACAAAGCCUUGCAUGAGGGAUAUGAUGAUGAGUGGCAGAGCUAUGUUGUCGACGAAGACAAGCUCCUAGAUGAACUAGAGCCUCUGGCAUCCGCUGGCGGUGUCAUUUUAGACUGGCAUACAUGCGAGAUAUACCCUGAAAGAUGGGUUGAUCUCGUCAUUGUUCUCCGGUGCGACCACACUCGACUUUGGAAUCGCCUAGAGAAACGAGGCUACCCGCUCAAUAAAAUACAGGAAAACAACCAAGCUGAGAUCAUGGAGACAGUACUCGAUGAAGCUCGGUCCUCAUAUGCACAGGAAAUCGUCAUCGAGCUCAAAAGCGAAUCCACGGAAGACCUUGAAGAAAACGUAUCCCGCAUAGUGCAAUGGAUUACAACAUGGCGAAAGGACAGAGGCGAAGAAACCUGAUUUAUUUGUAUGUCAUGAAAAUUGGCUGAUCAAAAAGUACCCUAUGGACCGUAUUAGAUGAUCCCGUUCCCCUCCUCCAUUUGUAGCUGGACGUUCGGCUUACCUCCCUGAAGUAGUCUACUAGUCAGUAAAGCGUUGAAUGAUGCUUGGACAAGUAUCCGCAGAAUCACUCCAUGCAAUUGCACACUACACAUGUCCAUAGUACAGUCACUGAAGCAUACAGCAACC